UCUUGGACACCCCCCCCCCGUAUCCAAAAAAAAGGGAAACAAAUUGUCUCGCUCUGGGUGCUCCACAUCCGGCUCUUUAUGUCGGCUGCUCUAGCCACAAGACGCGCUCUCUGACUCGUGCCAACGAGCUAAGACCGUCGAGUUUUCUAGAUGCCUCGUGGUCUGCCGCAGACCGCCACACUCCUGUUGACGCCGCGCGAACAUUUUGCUGACCCUCAUGGACGAAUGUCCCCUCCCUCGGAUACACCGAAUGCGCCGGGCUGGAGGUGUCUAUGUGGCGUCGACCCUCCUUCUCCUUCUCCUCUGGGUCGGACCCGCCUUCACGACUGUCCCAUACACGCCUUCUCAGCUGCUCUAUUCCUCAAUUAGCAAUGGUUCGUUCGCCUACCUACUACAAACUACGGGGACUAGCCAGGAUGCCACUACCGAAUUUAUCUCCUGGAACAUCUCUGGCACCAUCUACACCACGAGCCCCAGCUACAACAUUCUGAUGGACCCAUUGCCGUUCCAACUUGGUGAAAAAUCUCCGGCUUUUGUGUCGGCCAUCGACCAGCAGGGCGUGAUCAAGAUCUUCACGGGCGAUUGCCAGAAGCCUCUGGACAAAGGGGAGCUGUGGCGCUUCACCCCGGACACCAACAGCUCCAUUGGCGAUGGGACGUGGGGGAAAUUCGCUAUCGCGGAGAGCAACAGCACCGUCCACAAGGUGGAUGGUCCGAAUUAUCUCUCCGCCGGUUUUACGUUUUCGGCCACCAAUACCUCCGACAGCUCGCUCUAUACCUUUGGGGGGAUGUGCCCUUUCUCGAACAGCUUAGAGACAACCUGGAUAGCCACGGCCAACUAUUCGCAGUCAAUGAUAGUCCUCGAGCCGUCGGGGCCCCGCAGAAGCGGUGCAUAUGAUGCGUCCACCACCGGCGGUCGAGCACCUCCAAUUGCAGAGGCCGGGUUUACGACCACACCUUUGCAGGCCACAUAUGCAUAUUCCUCAACCGGUGAGAUGCGCCAACAACAGGACUUUCUUUUAGUUGGAGGGCAGACGCGGGACGCGUUCAUCAACAUGUCGCAGCUUGCGGUGUUCUCUCUCCCCCAAAAUAGCUGGAGCUUCAUGACUGUCGACACUGCACCGGCUUCCUACAAGACUGAGCUCGCUGUCCGAGGUGUCACCACCAUAGAGCCAAGGUCGGGGCACACGGCAGUCUUGUCUCCGGAUGGAAGCAAGGUUAUUGUGUACGGGGGCUGGGUAGGUAACACAACCGUCGCCGCCCGGCCGCAACUCGUGGUACUAGAGCUUGGAGAGUCCUAUGGGGGCACUGGAGACUGGACCUGGAGCGUACCGUCGGCCGAAAAUACCGGGAUUCUACAAGGGUAUGGAAUCUACGGACAUGGGGCAACCAUGCUUCCUGGUGGCGUGAUGAUGGUCGCAGGCGGAUACAGCAUACCGCGGUCAUCGUCGUCGUCGUCGAAACGCUCCGUCGUGGACACCCAGCCCAACUCUCAAGUGUACUUGUACAAUAUCACGUCUGAGAAGUGGGUCUCGUCUUACCAUAAUCCCUACUCGAUCGCCAACCAAGAAGGCACAACAUCGGGCCACGGGUCUUCGGGAACAUGGAGGACAGAAGUUGGUGUUGGCCUUGGGGUGGGAAUUCCCGUGGUUGCUGGCCUCGCGGUGCUUCUAUUCUUUAUCUGGAGGAGGCGCCAAAAGCGUCGCAAGCGCGACCCCGAGCUUCGCAAUCUAGCAAUCGGGGCUGAACGAUCCCACUUCUGGGGUCAGGAGGAGCCCUUCAUGGCUAGUAGCAUCCGCAGGCCCUCCAUGCAAGAGACAGAAGUGAACAGCGACCAUCCCUGGAGCGGCAACCAAGAAUCUGAGAAAUCAUCUACCAGGCGCGAAAAAGGCGGAUCAGCUGCAGAAAGAACUGGUCUGCUAGGAGGAGACAAUGCCUCCAGCCCCACGAGAACAGCUCGUCCCGGCGUGGGUACGAGAAUGUAUCGACCUUCCUCGCAAUACAGCGAUUAUAGGAAAAGCGAAUACAGAAAAAGCGAUGCCACCGGCGACAUCCACCCCAUUGACGAGCGCGAGGAGGACGAGGCAAACGAUGCGGCGAGCAUCAGACCGGAAACGAGCGAGCAUUUCCGAGAUUCUUCAAAGUACCUGCCUCCUAUCAACACCACCGUCGGCGGGGACUUGAUGGCUAGUGUCGUCGGCAUUGAUCGAGACAUCCCUUCUUCUCCGGAUAAGGACGAGCGAACGUCGUCCAACCUCUCCGACUCCUCGACCUCCGUGAAGUCCGUCCAACGAUCCCACCUGGCCAACCUCAACAUCAACCUCAACUAUCCGCCCAGCCAGUUCCCCCAGAGGACAACCUCCGUGUCCGUCCAUCCUCGAGAUCUAACAGUCAUCCGAGCCCGGCCCCACAGCCUCAUCCUCCCUGGCGAGAAGCGCUACUCCUCCGACUCCUACUCAACCGCCCAAACCUCCCUCUCCCAGCGACGAGCCGAAAUCGACUACCUCCUCCGCGACAUCAACAACAACCACGAACCAUCCUCCCCGCUCGAUCUCUUCCCGAAGCCCCCCAAGCCCCGAGCCUCCGAGUGGCUCGGCAACAACGUCCGCCGGGUCAUCUCCCUAACGCGAAGACGCCCCCCAACAGACUCAGAUUCCACCACCACCGCGUCUAUCACCUCCGGAAUCGACCGAAGACCCGUCCCCCGCCGCUCCGUCAGCGCCUCCGCCGAGGUCUUCCGUCGCAAGCAAGGCGCCAAGGACUGGAGCGUCGGCAACCGACUCUCCGCCAACCUGGACGACCAGACCACUCUUCAUUCCUCACGUGACGGAUUCCCUGCCCUCCACAGCUUCCUCGAUCUGGACCCGGAUAGUGACGAGGACUGGGACGUUGAAGGCGCGGCCGAGGGUCGUCGCGUCCAGGUGGCUUUUACCGUGCCGAAGGAGAAACUCCGCGUCGUGAACCCCACCGAAGGCGAUCUGGAUGAUGAUUCCGAUGUCGAGGUGACCAGGAGUAAUAGUCGUGCUUCUAAGUAAGUGGGCUAGCUGUGCUUGCCUGCUUACUUCCUUAUUUCAUUUCUUUUCUUUUCUUCCCUUGUCUUUAUUUUCUUUUUCUCAUUCUUUUCAUUAUUAUUCCUUGGACGAGUGACUGGAUGGAUGGGUGAAUGAAUGAAUAUACUGGCGGUGUUCA